CGGUCUAAGGGACUACGCGAUUGAUGACAGUGUAGAACAUAUGGGGCGUCACCGGGCUUGUAGUUUUUAAUGGAUGACUUUGUGUAUUUUCCUCAAAACACCGGGAAGUGAGUGAGGUUUCGCCGGUCCCGCUCAAAGAUGGCGGGAGGUCCCCAGCUGAUGCUUUAUCUUCAUUGUGGGAUCAGCAUAGUCCUAUGUUUCUCGGCUCACAUGAACAUGCAUGGGAAGAUAGAGUUUGACGACGAGGAGGAAGGCAACGGCACCUCCCUGUUUGACCUUCUCAAGGGCAACCCUCUCCACGAGGUCAGCGGCUACUGGGUGUUCAACGAGUCCGACAUCUCCAAGUACGAGGACGUUGACCUGCACAAACUAUUUCAACUACCUGGUAUGAAGGCCAACGCCAUUGACACCCCCACCACUUCGUCUACUAGAGCUACUACUAGGAGGACUACCACGUCCACCCCUUCCCCCACCACCGCUCCGUCACAGCUGCCUGUGUUUGACACUGAUGUCAUCACUAACGUAUCAGCACCACUGGGCGGAACUGCUUUUCUGCACUGUAAAGUGCGAUAUCUGACUGCAAGAACGGUUUCAUGGGUUCGCCGAAGAGACUGGCACAUCCUCAGUUCAGGGUUGAUGACCUACACGAACGAUGACAGGUUCACGGUGCUCCACGCAGACAACUCUGAGGAUUGGCAUCUUCAAAUCAAGUUUGUCCAAAAGAGAGACAAUGGAACUUAUGAGUGUCAGGUCUCAACAGGUGUUGGUACAAUAUCACAUUACUACCACCUUCACGUAGUCACUCCCAAGGCUUACAUAGAGGGGAACGGAGAAUACCAUAUUGGGGAGGGGAGCACCAUACAACUCGUUUGUAUCGUCGAAAAUAGCCCGUCACCACCCCAGUACGUGUUCUGGUACCACAACGAGCGUAUGAUCAACUACGACACAGAGAGAGGAGGUGUGGAGGUGAACACAGAGGUUAUAGGAGACAACACACAGAGCACUCUGACAGUGAGUCAUGCUACCUCAGCUGACACAGGCAACUACACGUGUCGAGCCCCCAACACAGCGUUUGACACCAUAUAUGUCUUCGUGUCCAAGGUGAGUCAUGCUACCUCGGCUGACACAGGCAACUACACGUGUCGAGCCCCCAACACAGCGUUUGACACCAUAUAUGUCUUCGUGUCCAAGGCUGACACAGGCAACUACACGUGUCGAGCCCCCAACACAGCGUUUGACACCAUAUAUGUCUUCGUGUCCAAGGGUAGGUAUUGUGUAGACAACACACAGAGUACUCUGACAGUGAGUCAUGCUACCUCAGCUGACACAGGCAACUACACGUGUCGAGCCCCCAACACAGCGUUUGACACCAUAUAUGUAUUCGUGUCCAAGGGCAACUACACGUGUCGAGCUCCCAACACAGCGUUUGACACCAUAUAUGUCUUCGUGUCCAAGGGUAAGUAA